ACUCUGACAGAAUACAGGUGGGAUUCUUGUGCAGUACAGGAAAGAGCAUGCUCAUCAAUACGCUAUUUUAUUCAUUCGCGGAAUGUUCUAUGUCGUUUUGGAGAGACACAGAAAGGCAAUUUCUGAAGCCGACAUUUCUUCUGUUGGAAUAGAAGACAAGACGCACUUCAACUUCGGAUUGUCUCGAGAGGAAACGUCGUUCGCUGCUUUGAAGCAUACUAAGUAAUUCAAUUAUUCUUUGCGGUGACGAAAAUUGAGUUUGAAUACAUUUAAAUCGAUAUCUUCCACACACACACACACCGCUAUUUCGUCUGAUGUUUGGACGGCUAUCACUGAGCCGAAACUAUGGUGAUAGAAAUCCGUCACGGAUUUGACUAAAGACGCGCCGCAGAUAAAGGAAUAACAAAUCUUCAGAGAAACAAAAAACCUCAUCGCUGUCUGAAGUCUGACGGAAUGGAGCCUUCCAUAGUAUUACUACUUAUGACACUUUUCGGUUUGGGUGAGGGGUCGUCCCACAACUACUCAGAGGGCCGCUCCAACCGCCUGCUGUCCCUGGAGAAGAUGUUUGGUCGUCCUGCGAAACACUCCCAGUGUCAUCACAAGUUGAAGCAUCUCCACCACGGGGCCCGGAUCACCGUCCAGAUGCCCCCCAACAUAGAGGGUCACUGGGUCUCUACCAGCUGUGAGGUACGUCCUGGCCCAGAGUUCCUGACGCGGUCGUACCAGUUCUUCCCCAACAACACAUUCCAGGCCAAUCAGUUCUACUACAGGGACAACCACUGCACCACCCCCACCUACACCCUGGUGGUCCGGGGACGGCUGAGGCUCAGACAGGCCUCCUGGAUCAUCAGAGGAGGAACAGAGGCUGACUACCAGCUUCACCACACACAGGUGGUGUGUCACAGCGCGGCCGUGGCCAGGGACCUGAGCCAGAGGUUAAACCAGAGCUGUCCGGGCACCGUGAGGAUCAAAGCACCCUGGGAACCCAACGUCAGCUAUGAGCUGUGGAACGAGGAGGGCUGUGACUGUUCCAGAGAGAUCAACUUCUCCAUACACGAGCUACAGCUGCUGCGUGUGGAGAAACAGUACCCUCAUCAUAACUUGGACCACAUGGUUGAAGAGCUGUUCCUGGGAGACAUCCACACUGAGGUAGCCCAGAGGAUGUACUAUAGACCCUCUAGUUACCAGGCCGCGCUACAGAGUGCCAAGGUCAGUGUGCUGCUCUGUAUGCUAGUGGGGCUGAAGGUUGUACAGAUUUAA